AUGAAUCAUCAUACGUUACAUAAUCCAACUGAAUCAGUGUUCAACAGUCCGAAUCCCAAUACACAGUUUAAUUCUGACUUUACACGAUUUCUUACCUUUUUACAAAACAAUCAAGCAUUGAGUUCCUUAAUGCCAACAAACAUACAUUCCUUAUCUUGCCAAAAUAAACCUAUGCCAAAUUGUAAAGAGUUAUUUCCGUUCUGUGCAGAAAACGGUACUACAUAUAUGAAUAAUUCAGUAGAUGAUACGGUUAAACAAAAACAUCAAGACACUGCGAGUUUCUUGACAAAUUUCCUACCAAACUCAAAUAAUUACACAAGAGAUCGCAUGAAAUCAGGUUAUUUGGUAAAUCAACAAGAUCAUGCGUUGUAUUCUCACUUGAAGAGCAUUAUUACACAACCGAAUCAGUUUGACACAUUAAGAUCGUUUCCGUCUCCGGUAACAUCUUCGACUUCUGUCACAACACUUCCUCCAAUUACAUCAUCGUCGUCAACAUUAUUACUGUUAUGGCUGAGCCGUUUAAAUGAAAUAAUUUAUGGAAAUUCACAGGAGCUGAAAGAUAGUAAUUGUUUUUACAAAACGUUGACAAAUCUAUUAUCUGACACAUCAUCACACUUUAGUAAUGAUGGUCAUAUAUCUAUCAUAAAUCAUUCAAAUAGUUAUCUUGAUUCGGCCAACAUUCAAAAUCAAACGAAGCGCCACGCAUAUUUUUACAGUAAUACCAACGAUGACCAGGAGCAAAUUAAAAAUUAUGCACUAACACCUAGAAUAGCAACAACAAACCAUUGUAAAGUCCUCAGUCCACCAAACACAACAUAUUCCAAGAUAUGUGGUGAUAAUAAGUCGUUGAGUUGUAACAAUCAAUUAAAAGAUGUAUACAAUAGAAAUUGUAGGACGAAUAGAGAAAGACAUCAAGAAGAAUUGAACUAUGUACCGUCGUCGUUUUUAACUUCAUCAGUGUUUCCUUUUUCCAAUUCCUCUAUGGACCGUAGAAUAACAAAAGAAGACCCCACGGAACUAAAUUGUCACCAUGAUAAAAAAUGUGCAGUUCAACUUGACGAAAUGUGUACAGUUGAUCCUAUAGUGUAUAAUGCAACCAGUAAGUUCGAUAUCUUAUCGAACAGAAAAAAUUCCACACAUUUAUCUGAGUCAUCAUUAGCUUUUAGUCGAGACACAGCGACAAAUUUUAUCAACUCAGGGGAUAAUGAUCACAAGAAAUCGAGUACUGAGUAUCAUUUAAACAAAUGUGUUCGUCUUAUCAAUGGUGAGAUGAAAGUGAGAGAAGAGUUAUCAGUUUCUGACUUUAUAUCUAGCGCUAUAAAAUAUGACAAUUUUAACAAAUUUAUGUAUGAUAAUGGUCCACUGAUUGAAGCUUUGGCUAGUACAAAUAAUUUAGAACUGUGUUGGGUAAAGUUGAUUCAAAUUAAAAACGAUUCAAAUACUACUACUACUACUACUGCCAAUUUAUCAAGUGAAUUAACAUUUGUCCACUCUUCAAAGCGUCAUCAUUUAUUAGUUGGUAAAAAUGGAAAAAAUUGCAGUAAACAAGCCUCACGGAUGCUGUGGCCUCACUUCAAUGCGAAAAGUUUCAAUGUGAGUUACAUUGAUGUGUAA